GGGACGCGGAGCGCGAGGGGCGGCGGCCGCCGCUGGCGCUCAAGCAUGGCGGCGGCGGCGUUGGGCAGCUCCUCAGGCUCGGAGUCCCCGGCCGUGGCCGAGCUCUGCCAGAACACCCCGGAGACCUUUCUGGAGGCCUCCAAGCUGCUGCUCACCUAUGCUGACAACAUCCUCAGGUGCAGGGCAACGGGGUCGGACGGCGGCUACCGGGGUGGGUGGGCCGCGGCGCCUUGUUCGGCCAGGGACUGGGGUGUCCGGCCUGAGCUUCAGAGGGCAGCGACGCCCGGACAGACCGGGACCUGGAGCUGGUUCUGCUCCUAACGUCCGAGCCCGCCGGCCAGGGGCCUCGGGAACCGGCCAAGUCCCACCCCCGCUCGAGAAAAGGAAGUUUCUUUGCAGUUGUGACUUGGCACCUGCAGUCAGGGUGCUGCGGGUGAACUGGAGUCCCGGAAGCGGGGCCGGGCGGAGGAGAGGUAGGAAGGCGUGCUGCAGACACUGCCGCUCUUCUCGUCGUUUAACGGCCUCAGAUAUCAGGACACAACGAAACCCUAAUGAUGAAAAAUAUAGAUCUAUCCGGAUUGGAAAUACAGCCUUUUCUACUAGACUCUUGCCUGUCAGAGGAGCUGUUGAAUGUUUAUUUGAAAUGGGCUUUGAAGAGGGAGAAACACAUCUCAUCUUUCCUAAAAAAGCUUCAGUGGAGCAGCUGCAAAAAAUUCGUGACCUGAUUGCCAUAGAGAGAAGUAGCAGAUUGGAUGGCUCAAAUAAGAGCCACAAAGUAAAGUCAUCUCAGCAACCUGCAGCCAGUACCCAGCUUCCUACAACACCGUCUUCAAAUCCCAGUGGGUUAAACCAGCACACAAGGAACCGUCAAGGGCAGUCAUCAGAUCCACCAUCUGCUUCAACGGUUACUGCUGAUUCAGCCAUUCUAGAAGUUCUUCAGUCCAACAUUCAGCAUGUGCUGGUCUAUGAAAAUCCUGCUCUUCAGGAGAAAGCGUUGGCUUGUAUUCCAGUCCAAGAACUAAAAAGGAAAUCACAAGAAAAGUUAUCAAGAGCUAGAAAAUUGGAUAAAGGUACCAAUAUAAGUGAUGAGGAUUUUCUUUUGCUGGAGCUUUUGCACUGGUUUAAGGAAGAAUUUUUUCAAUGGGUGAAUAACAUUUUGUGCAGCAAAUGUGGUGGACAGACUAGGUCUAGAGAUAGAUCAUUACUGCCCAAUGAUGAUGAGCUGAAGUGGGGUGCAAAGAAAGUGGAAGAUCAUUACUGUGAUGCCUGCCAGUUCAGCAAUCGAUUCCCAAGAUAUAAUAACCCUGAGAAACUUUUGGAAACAAGAUGUGGACGGUGUGGCGAGUGGGCCAAUUGUUUUACACUGUGCUGCCGAGCUUUAGGGUUUGAAGCUCGCUAUGUUUGGGAUUACACAGACCAUGUCUGGACAGAAGUCUAUUCUCCUUCUCAGCAGCGGUGGCUGCACUGUGAUGCAUGUGAAGAUGUCUGUGACAAGCCACUCCUUUAUGAAAUAGGAUGGGGCAAGAAGCUUUCCUAUGUCAUAGCAUUUUCAAAAGAUGAGGUAGUUGAUGUCACUUGGCGAUAUUCCUGCAAACAUGAAGAGGUGAUUGCCAGAAGAACUAAGGUUAAAGAAGCAUUACUUCGAGAAACUAUUAAUGGGCUUAAUAAGCAGAGGCAACUGUUUUUGUCAGAAAACAGAAGGAAAGAACUUCUCCAGAGGAUAAUUGUGGAGCUUGUUGAAUUUAUAUCUCCCAAAACCCCUAAACCUGGAGAACUUGGGGGAAGAAUAUCUGGGUCAGUGGCUUGGAGAGUAGCCCGAGGUGAAAUGGGUCUACAGAGAAAAGAAACCUCAUUUAUUCCCUGUGAAAAUGAGAAGAUUUCUAAACAGCUCCACCUUUGUUAUAAUAUUGUGAAAGAUCGUUAUGUUCGAGUUUCAAAUAACAAUGAAACCAUUUCUGGAUGGGAGAAUGGUGUGUGGAAAAUGGAAUCUAUAUUCAGAAAAGUUGAAACAGACUGGCACAUGGUAUAUUUGGCACGAAAGGAAGGAUCAUCUUUUGCUUAUAUUUCCUGGAAGUUUGAGUGUGGGUCUGUUGGCCUAAAAGUAGAUAGCAUUUCUAUUAGAACAAGUAGUCAAACUUUUCAGACUGGAACAAUAGAAUGGAAAUUGCGAUCUGAUACAGCACGAGUAGAACUGACAGGCGAUAACAGUCUUCACUCCUAUGCUGAUUUUUCUGGUGCCACUGAAGUUAUUUUGGAAGCAGAAUUAAGCAGAGGAGAUGGUGAUGUCGCUUGGCAACACACCCAGCUGUUUAGACAAAGCUUAAAUGACCAUGAAGAAGAUUGUUUGGAGAUAAUUAUAAAAUUCAGUGACCUUUGAGAACCUGAACAUUAUAGAAAAGCUGUCAAUAAUCAAGGACUUACUAAAGUAGUCUGUUGGUUCAGUGCAUGCUUAGUUGGCAGUUACCACCCUGUGCUAGCAAAUUUCUUUUGCUAGCUAUCCAUCAUGUAACCCUUAUGAAAAUUAUCUUUAUAUGUGGACUAUAAUAAAAUAUUGAAUUAAAAA